GGCCACGCCCCACUUUGUUAUCCUAUCCUCUUCUGGGUCAGCUGGUGCUGGCGUCAGGCAGAGGGAUGGGCUGGUUUGGCUCGACCCGGCAGGGCUUGUUUACUAUGGCUGAUGAUCUGGAGCAGCAGCCUCAAGGCUGGCUGAGUAGCUGGCUGCCCACUUGGCGACCCACUUCGAUGUCUCAGCUGAAGAAUGUGGAAGCCAGGAUCCUCCAGUGUCUCCAGAACAAUUUCCUGGCCCGAUAUGUGUCCCUCCCCAACCAGAACAAGAUCUGGACGGUGACUGUGAGCCCCGAGCUCAGGGACCGCACCCCCCUGGUGAUGGUGCACGGUUUCGGGGGCGGCGUGGGCCUCUGGAUCCUCAACAUGGAUUCACUGAGUGCCCGCCGCACACUGCACACCUUCGAUCUGCUUGGCUUUGGACGAAGCUCGAGGCCAGCAUUCCCGAGGGACCCAGAGGGGGCCGAGGACGAGUUUGUGACCUCAAUAGAGACAUGGCGGGAGACCAUGGGGAUCCCCAGUAUGAUCCUCCUGGGGCACAGUUUGGGAGGAUUCCUGGCCACUUCUUACUCUAUCAAAUACCCUGAAAGAGUUAAACACCUCAUCCUGGUGGACCCAUGGGGCUUUCCCCUCCGACCGACUGACCCCAGUGAGAUCCGUGCACCCCCAACUUGGGUAAAGGCUGUGGCUUCUGUCCUAGGGCGUUCCAAUCCACUGGCUGUUCUUCGAGUAGCUGGGCCCUGGGGGCCUGGCCUGGUGCAGCGAUUCCGACCAGACUUCAAGCGCAAGUUUGCAGACUUCUUUGAAGACGAUACCAUAUCAGAGUAUAUCUACCACUGCAACGCACAGAAUCCCAGUGGGGAGACAGCAUUCAAAAGCAUGAUGGAGUCCUUUGGCUGGGCCCGGCGCCCCAUGCUAGAGCGAAUUCACUUGAUUCGAAAAGAUGUGCCCAUCACCAUGAUCUAUGGGGCCAACACCUGGAUAGAUACCAGCACAGGGAAAAAGGUGAAGCUGCAGCGGCCGGAUUCCUAUGUCCGAGACAUGGAGAUUGAGGGUGCUUCGCACCAUGUCUAUGCAGACCAGCCACACAUCUUCAAUGCUGUGGUAGAAGAGAUCUGUGACUCCGUUGAUUGAGCUGCUCUCCCGAGAGGAAGAGGAGAAAGCCAGAGAGUUGCUCUCACCUCCCUGUCUGCUUACUCACCCAUCUGUCCUUUCUUCACCAACUAACGUGCCAGCCAGGCAGAAUCUUGGGCUGUCCCCAGGGCAGGACCAGAGUGAAGAAGAGCACUCCUCACCCCACACUAAGGGCUGUAGGCGGAAGCCACAAGAGGCCUUGAGCUCCCCACCCCAGAGAAGAAUAUAAAGGGUUGCAUAAUGCCACCCCAUUCUCUUCAUGCCAAUUGUUACCCAGAUGGUAGUUGUGAAGAGAUUGCACUGAGCCACGUUCCCUCCCUGGGCCAAGGGGACGGUGGCCUCUCUUCCCCUGGGUGCAGGAGAGACUCUCAGCAGCCUUUCGUAGCUCUGGAGUGUUUGUGGGGGUAGUUUCCAUGCAAGAACAUCUUCCUCCAUCACCCCCUGACCUCUGUGCCAUGACAGUUCCAUCCAGGGUCUGCUGGGAACCCACUUAACUACCAAGAGCAGGUCCUGGAGCUCCCUUGACCUUCAGAGUCCUUCCCAUGACCUGAGAGAUCAUCUCCAAAGCCCUUAUUAAUGGAGGAGGAACAGCACAUGGCUGGCCCAUGGUGAUACAGCUCUGUUCCAGGAAGAGCUAAGGCUGCAACCCAGGUCUGCAGUCUCCAUUUGCUAAGGUUCAAGGCAGGCACCAUUGCCAUGGGGCUGGCCCUGGUCACUGGCCGAGGGUAAGCCCUCCCUGCCCCAGACUGGAGCCCCAUUUCACAGGGGUGCUGUUUUUCUGCCGUGUCUCAGUCCUGGCUGCCUAAGCUGGGGACACUCAAGCGCUUCCUUCUCUGCCUCUUCCCAACUGGGAGGCCUCUGGGCCUCCCUCUGUGCCUUGGGCCCUGAAGCCCCACCUGUAGUACGGAGCAAAGGUGGCCCCUGGUGGAGAGAGAAGGGAAAGGCCCUUCAGCCCCAGGGCUGGGUCUGGAUUCUCCAUGCUAUGUAGUAUCUGCAGGGUUUCUCUACCUGCCCCCAGAGCUGAGGUCCACCGUGAGCCCCUGCCCACGGUCUAGUGGGGAACCUCAAGCCAGCAGUUUCCUGUCCUCAGCAGCCACAGGAUGGUUCUCACUGCCUGGCCCUCCAUCUCUGCCAUCUGUCCCCCUGGUCUCCAGCUCAUCCUGCCCCCAACCUACUUGUCACUCUCUCCCAGGGGCUGUUUCCAGGUGCUGCUCAGAGGUUCUGGGCAAUAGGCUGGGCCUGGCCCCAGAACCAGGGCAGCUCCUGCCUGUUCCUUCACUUUUGUAAAGCCAACCCUUUCACCAGAAUAGUAUUAACCCCUGGUGCUUUGUACUACUGGUCUAGCUGCCUUGGGCUCCUUUUCUAUAUUAAUAAAGAAAUGAGUAAAAACCUG